AGAGCCAGCUUCUUUCUUGCAGGGCUGAUUUUAUUUAGCUUGUUGGCAGUUGUAUUAGCAGCUGUCCUUCUUCUGAUGUAAUACAAAAAAUUGAGACAACAUUCGCCUUGCGGCAAGGAGUGGGAGAGAGCAAUUUUUAAAACCCAGCAGGAUGGAAGUGCUGAAGAAUGCUCAGCCUGCUUCAGGAAAAAUCAGGGAAACAGCUCUAAAUCGGUGCAUAUUAGUGAUAAUUCUCAUAGUAAUAAUAUCUGUCUAGGACAGCCUGUGGCACCUGGCCAUUCUCCAGAAAUUCCCCUCAGUUCCUUUAUUAUGAGCAACAGAGCAGACAACUCCAGAUAUUUUGAACUACAGUUCCUCACAUCCCAAGUGCUACAACCACCUGAAUUCACACAGCAGCCCGAGAAGGAGAUUGUUGUGUACCCCACUGACGAGGUCACCCUGAAAUGCAAGGCCAGUGGGAAUCCUCCAGUGCAGUACUACUGGACCAAAAAUGGAGACAUGUUGGAUCCACGCAAGGUGCCAGGGGUGAUCCAGCAACAAGACUCAGGGACUCUGGUCAUCACCACAAACAAUGGGAACGUGGCAUCCAGGUUCAAAGGGAGGUAUCGGUGCUAUGCCAAGAACUCCCUGGGCACGGCCAUGAGCUCAGAAAGCAACAUUGUGGUUGAAAGCGUCCCUCAGUGGCCAAAGGAGAUGGUGGCACCCAUUACAGCUGAGGAAGGGACUCAUACAGUCUUACCCUGCAACCCACCUACCAGCGCUGUUCCCCCCAAAAUCUACUGGCUCAAUAGUAAAAUUGAGCACAUUGUUCAGGAUGAACGAGUCACCAUGGGCCAAGAUGGGAAUCUUUAUUUUGCCAAUGUGCAGAUGACAGACAGCCAACCAGACUAUAUUUGCAACGCCCACUUCCAAGGACCCCGAGUCAUCAUCCAGAAGGAGCCCAUUGAGCUGAAAGUCAAACCCACUAACACUUUCUCUCACCAGAAGCCUAUCCUAAUUGUGCCGAAUGAGAAGCACAGUACAUACGAGGCGCUGCUGGGCCAGUCCCUGGUCCUGGAAUGCAUUGUGGCUGGGCUCCCUACGCCAACUGUAGAAUGGGCCCAUAUGAACAAGCUGAAGCUUUCUCCUCAGGUGGCCUUUGAGAACUGGAACAAAACCCUUCGCAUCCUAAAUGUGACAGAGGAUGAUGAUGGAGAAUAUCAGUGCAUCGCUCACAACGACCACGGCACUGUCCGCCACACCUACACUGUUAAUGUUGAGGCUGCUCCAUACUGGAUUAAGUGGCCUGUAAGCCAGAUGUAUGCACCAGGGUCGACUGUACGUCUGGAUUGUGAGGUUGAAGGGAAACCUGAACCAGAGGUUUCGUGGAGAAUAAAUGGAGAACCACUAGAUGAACUGAUGCCGGAUCCCAGAAGGAGGGUGGAGCCAGGAGCUUUGAUCCUCACUGAGGUGCAGCCAAACGAUACAGCUGUGAUCCAGUGUGAGGCCCAUAACAAACAUGGCAGCAUCCUGAUUAAUGCAUACGUCUUUGUUGUCCAGCUGCCAGCACAGAUCAUGACCCCAGAUGGGAUAGAAUACAGUGUGGUAGAGAGCCAGAGAGCCAUCCUGGACUGUGAGGUGUUUGGGGUCCCUAGGCCCACGGUGAAAUGGUUUCUGGAAGACAAGUACGUCCUAGACGAUGUCCGGAGUAUUCCGUUCACCAAUGGGACCCUACUGCUUGAGCAAGUCCAGCGCAAGGAUGCUGGGAACUUCACGUGUGUGGCUGAAAAUGAUUUUAGCAAUGACUCCAUCACAGCUCACCUUAUUGUCAAAGGAGCCACAAGGUUUGAGGUGUUGCCUACCAACACUGAGGCAAAGAAAGGUGAGAGUGUCACAUUCCGCUGUAAGGCGGUGUUCGAUGAGACCAUUCCAGAGCGUGGUACCCAGUGGCGCCUAAAUGGGCGGCCCCUUCAGGAUAGCUCAGAGGGGAAUAAAAAAUACUUAAUCGAUGAAACAUCUCUGACAGUCAUCAACCUAGACUACGCUGAUGAAGGGUUAUAUAGCUGCCUGGCUUGGACAAGUCUUGAUUCUGUGGAGAAAAGUGCCAAGCUUUUGGUGUAUGGCAAACCUGGCCCUGUGUCCAAUUUGGAACUGUUGAGGCAGCAAGAUCAUCAGGUGAAGCUGACAUGGACACCAGGUGAUGAUCACAACCGGCAUAUUGAAGAGUAUACCAUAUUUUAUGAAGAAAUCAAGUUUGGGCCAGGAAAAAUGCAAGAAUUAACCAUGGUACCAGGAAACCAACCAUGGGCUAUACUUCACCUUGCUCCAUUCAGGAACUAUACUUUCUAUGUGCAGGCCAGGAACAGCCAGGGGAAAAGUGAGCUAAGUAGACCAUCUGCCAGUCACAUCACAAAAUCUGCAGCCCCCGUGCGGAAUCCAGCUGAUGUCAAAGGAGAGGGAAAUGAGACCAGUAACAUGAUCAUCACCUGGACGCCCUUGCAUCCCUGGGAGUGGAACGCCCCAACGUUGAAAUAUCACGUGCAGUGGCGGCUAGGAAGUGAAGGCCAGUGGAACGAGACAGAAGUCGAAGCCCCUCCUGUGGUGGUGACGGGCACCCCCGUCUUCUCGCCCUAUGAGAUCAAGGUGCAGGCACGCAAUGACUUUGGCAAAGGACCUGAACCUCCCACGGAACAGGGCUUCUCCGGGGAAGAUGUGCCGGGGGCGAUUCCAGAGAACUUGGCAGUUGAAGUCCUUAACAGCACCACUAUCAAGCUUUCAUGGAUCCUCCCUAACAAAGAGAAGGUUUUAGGCCACCUCAGGGGAUUCCAGGUGUAUUACUACUGGCUGGGAACCUUGGAACAGCGAAACCAUCAGCAGGCACAUCCUCAUGCCCAUUCCCGUGGGAAAGUGCUGAUUGAGGGAAAUGUGUCUGAAAUCACAGUGGGGGGCUUCAGGCCCUGGAGCUGGUAUCGGGUUCAGAUGACUGUGCUCAAUGGGCGGGGGGAGGGGCCCCUCAGCGAGGCCAUAGAGUUUGACACACUUGAGGGAGUCCCUAGCCUCCCGGAGUCCUUUCACUUGGACUACCUCUCGGACACGGCGCUGCUGCUGGAGUGGACGCGCCCCACUUUCCCCAAUGGGAAACUACUAGCCUAUGUGUUGGCGUAUCAACAAGCCAACCAGACUGCCAAUCAGACCGAAGUGGAUGUCAUCAAAAGCAUUAGCUUUCCACCCACUCAGCUAACCUUCAACUUCACUGGUCUCGACCCCUACACUCCCUACAAUUUCAACUUGUCGGCAGAAACCAGCGCAGGGAAAGGAGAGCCUUUUAUUCUGCAGGAACAUGCCAUGCGUGAGUUAGUGAGCCUGUCCUUUGAGAGCAUCAGCUUGGGUGAGAUAGGAGAGAACUUCACCACUAUCAUCUGGAUCCCGCGUCAGACCCAGCGAGAGCUGGAGGUUGCAGUUCACAUUAUGAGCAAGACUGAUAAAGAAGACUGGCGCGAUGUAGGGAAGGCUACUUCCAGCCAGGGUUCAUACAUCAUUCCAGACCUGCAGCCAGGCAAGCAAUAUCGGGUUCGGCUUGCAAAAGACCACCGUAUUGGGGAAGUUCAAACCAUCUGGGAGACAGAUCUGGAAACUAGGGGCACAGUUAGUGAGAGUCAGAAGAGCUUGGUUGCAGAAGGUUGGUUCAUCGGCUUUGUGAGUGCCAUCGUCCUCGUCAUCCUUGUGCUGGUGCUUCUUUGCUUCAUCAAGCGCAGCAAGGGCGGCAAGUACUCGGUGAAAGACAAAGAAGACACCCAGGUGGAUUCAGAGGCCAGGCCCAUGAAAGACGAAACCUUCGGCGAAUACAGAUCUCUGGAGAGUGACAAUGAGGAGAAGCCCUUCACAAGCAGCCAGCCCUCCCUGAACGGCGACAUCAAGGCCCUGGGGAGUGACGACAGCUUGGCAGACUAUGGGGGCAGCGUGGAUGUUCAGUUCAAUGAGGACGGCUCCUUCAUCGGGCAGUACAGUGGGCAGAAGGGCAAGGAAGGAGGUGGAAAUGAUAGCUCAGGGGCUACCAGCCCCACCAACGUUGUCACUGCCCUGGAGUAAAAAGGGGCAUUUCCCCAAAGGAUCAAUCCCUGGGGGAAGAGGAUUUCCCUGUGGAUGACUAGGGGGAGGUCAUAGGGAUAAUCCCCUCCUCCCCAAGGGAAAGAAACAAAGAAAUUAAUCUCUCUCCUUUACACAGAAAAUGGUAAUUGGGGGAAUUCCCCCCCUUUUGUUUACUAACUGACCCUCCCCCAUUCACACAAUCAAGGAGGGUUAGAAAAUGAGGGGAUUCCCAAAAUUAUCCACCCAGCCCUGAGCAAGUCUGUCUCCUCCCCACAAAAACCAGUUAUCCUUCAGCCAGAUUAUGUGUGUCUGUAUGUGUGGUGGGAAGGGAGGGAAAGAAGGAAUAACAAGAUCCAAGGGGUGGGCUUAUUGAGAUGCAAAUGGGGAAUCAACAGGAGGGGCUUUGGGUUCCAAAUUGCCAAAAGAACUGAUGACCGCCCUGCCCAACUCCUCAAGUCUCGGAAGUGUUGGGGUUUUUUUUUUAAAUCUGUUCAUGUUUAGCAAGAGGGUGUCUGCUGGUGCUGCAAAGUCCCAUCUCGACUCCAAUGGGAAUCAAUGGGCGGAAGAAUAAGGGCUGGGAGCCAGGUCUUCUCCUUGCCUCUUGAGAAAGGAAGGUGGGUUAAGUGACAGGAUGAAGAGUCAUCGGUGCACUUGGCCCUUCAUUCUGGACAGGGAGUAAGUGUCCAUGGGCUGAAAAGCUGACAGAAUUUGGGAUUUUGAUUCAUUCUAGCAUUCGCCCACUUCUCAAGGAUUAAGCCGACGGGAAGCCACCUACCAUUUCUACCCGUGUAGAAGCACCGUGUGCUUGUGUUGACUCUUCUCAGCCCCGCUCUGUUGCUCUGUCACUCCUUUCCUGGCAAGUCAGCUUGUUCACUCAGGCGCUCCUGCUUGUCCUGCAUUGCUGAGGAUGCUGGAAUAUAUUUUAGGGCCCUACUCAGUUACAUGUGGGGUCCCGGCUGGGUCUUGUCAUCAUCCCUGCUUGUGAACUGUGUGUACACUAGAACAGUCCUCUGUAGCUCUGGGUUGCAGAGGAAGGUUGCUAGUGGUAUGCAAGUGAGUACUUCAGAAAAAAAACUUCCCCGCUGUUGCUCCCUCAAGAACCUCUGAUAAAUUCCCCAAGAGACUCCAUGGUGCCCUGGAACACUGUUUGAAAACCUUGCCUUCUGGUGCUGAAUUUCCCCUCUUAAGAUUCCCUCCCUUCCUCUCUCUCAUUUUGUCUUUGGGUGCCAUGUUCAUUUAUGUUUCUUUCUUCUGAUGACCAAAACGUGUUCCUUCCAGGGGAGCAAACCCUCGCCAUUUCACGAAACACCGUCUUUCCCGGUUCCUCAUUCCUACCCUUCCCACAAACAGAUACCACGUCCAAGAACUUCCCUGCUUCUUGAAUGCAUCUCACACAGCUGCCUUGCGACAUGUUCUGUCUUUCGAAAGUGGCCUCUUGUUCACUGAAUCAAAUCCCACCCCGUCUCCACUUCUGUCUGAUGUAACUUUUUCCCUCCCUCUCUUGCUUGUCAGGGAUUCAAUAAAUCCUUGCUUUUUUUGCAUAAAAAUGUUUUUUGGAAAUAAUUUAAAAAGGACAAUAAAAGUACUCCAAUGUUUUAAGCAACCCUACACAAAAUAAACCCUGCCUUUUCCCUGGUCUGUAAAUAUUUCAAACCCUUGUGCUCGAGUUUGUUUUAGAUGUCUUAGGACUGGUGUUUUGAAGUCUUCUAGUUGGUCUAUUUAGGUGGCUUGGAAGUAAAAAAAAAAGUAAGAAAAAAACCCCACAUUUUAAGAACGUUCUCUCUCCCCUGACAUGUGAUGCCAUCCCUUCUGCCCCCACCAAGCCUUCCUGCCCUAUGUAUUCUUCUCUUUCGUCAGGUCUGUUGCUAUCUACUUUUCUCUCUCGAUGACUUUUAUAUAUAUAUAUAUGUAUAUAUAAACAGAAUUAUAAAAUGGUAAAUAAAUGCUGACAUUGGA